AGGAGGGAAGAGAUUAGGUGAAAAGUAUGGGCUACAGCUGCAACUCGAUGUACAAAUAAUCCGUGACAAAUAAAGAUUGCUUAGGUCGAGAAAAAGUGUGCGCAUUGAAUUCUUCCAAACUUUAAAUCCAUUGAAGUUGAAACUGAAGAGUAGUGGCAAAAUAUUUUAUGCAUCAUAAUACCCUGAAACACUUUAGACUAAGGUGUGACAGAGUCAAAAAUGGCUACGAAGGCGUCACAUUUUUUUCUUCUUCUAUAUUUGCUUCUUCUGUGUUUAUCUUAUUCCUCUCAAGUUCGAGCAACACACCGCAUACUAGGUCAGUACAUCUAUGUAUAUAUCUUUCUCUUAUCACCAAAGUUAUCUUAAUCGCAAAACUCUGAGUCAUACUGGAUUUGAAAAUUUAGAGCUUAGAAGUUUAAUAAGUAUAUCACUGAAAAUGAUAUUAUGGAAAAGAGAAUUGGGUUUCUAAUGUCAUGAGAAUUUUACUUAAGAUUGAGGGCUAAUUAAUAUGCGUAUCAUGGUGAAACAGUAAGGCAAGAAAACGAAAGCCUUGUAGACGCCAUCCUCCACGACCACAAUUGAAAACGUAGGAUGCGUGUAUAAAUGUGUAACACCUUCAUCUCCCGUCAAAUGUAAAAUACCACACCUCGCUAUUUACUAAUCGACGUCAAGUUAUUAGACACAUACCCAUUAUUUGUCGUCUAUACUCUAUAUUACGUGCUACAUGACUUUUAUUUUCUACAUUUCAAAAAAUAGGUUUCUACUUUCUAGGUUCGAGUCGGUUCUUUCAUCACUUCGACUAACCGAAAUUGGAACUAUAUGUAACUUUGAACGUUGACUAUUAUCAUUGUUUGUAUCAUAUCUCUUUAUAUUAUUCUUACUCAUGACAUUACAUAAUCUAUAAAAAAGCUUGGCAGAAAGUCCUCGUGCUGACGUAGAUGAUAAAAUUACGUUGAACGGAAAAGGUUGAUAUUGAAUGAUGCUUCCUUUGCUAUAUAAAUCAUGGGCUGGUCUUGUAAUGGCAAUGUGACAAACGAAGUCUAACACUUACCCCAAAAUGGUUACACAAACAUCACGCACUGUUUAUCUGCUAUCUUAUAUGCUUCUUCUGCUUUUGUUUAUCUCCUCUCAAGUUGGAGUCGGCGAAGCUAUACGCUACGAACUAGGCCCAAAGUCCUCGCCGUGUCCACCAUCGUAUCCCAUGUCUUAUCCGCCUCCUGGACCGCCCUCCAUUUAUUUUCCGCCUUCUAAAUCGCGAAAAGGAAGAGGUCCAUAAAUGAAGAAGAGGAGGAAGGCGGCAUAGUCGAGUUACUAUAUGCACGUUUAUACCUUGUAGUAAAGAUAAAUUAUCCACCUAGUUAAUUAUCAUCAUUAUUAAAAUAAAGUUGGAAAUAAAAGUAAACAUUACUGCGUAAUAAUUAAUAGUGUAUAUUUUUGUAAGAUGACCAUAUAAUAUUUUUUUAGGUCUUUAGCUUUGUUGACCGUGACAUUCGGACCAUCAUCACUGCCAAGCGAAAGUGAAAGAACUUUGCUUCUUUCUCUUGUCUCUUUUGCAGAGUCGGUCCUACAAAUUUUAGGGUUAGAAACAAAAAAAAAAAGUUGUUUGUUAAGCAAACGAACCCAAGUUACAAACAGUAAGAUCCAUAUAAUGUAAUUUUGCCACUAGACUAAAGAAGAACCCUGAAAAAUGUAGGCGAAAGUAUUAUUAAAAUUAAGCGGCCGGAAGCCUGAGCUUACUUCGCUUGCAUCAAGGGCCGGCACUGCUCUUUGGCUUAGAUAACUGAUCUUCACAGAUCUUCUCCCUAACUCCAUUAUGUUUUUUCACCUUUUUUGCUAUAGUGGUGCUUGAUGAUUUUAUAAAUCUAACUCUUUCAUUAAUUUGAAUAUUAACAAUUUAGCAAAAAAAUAAAAUAAUUAGGUGUAGUUAUAUUCUUUACGAUGUUUCAAAAAUCUUUUCAUAUGAAAUUUUCUUAUGUUGGUUGUCCAGUUUCGGUUUGAAUGUCUAGAACUACUUUUAGUUUAAGUAAUAGAAUGAUCGUUUGAUAUAAAAAAAAGUGUUGUGUUAAAAAUAUAUUUGAAAAAAUUUCUACAACUAAAUUAUUUGAUGGUUGACGCAAAUAGAAGAUUACUAUAUCUCAAUUUAUGAUCACUCUUUUGUGAAUACGGUUUGUUUCAAGUUUACAUUGUUGACUAUUUGGGCCAUAAAACAACAAAGCAAAACCAGUGUUCUUUUAUUUUUUGAACGUGUUCAUACAUGCCAAAAACAAAACAAAAACAUGUGAAAGUCGUAACGCGGGAACAAAAAAUCAAACAAGUGGCAAGUACAUCAGUUAGGCGUUGGUUAUAAAUGUACAUCAAAUUAUGAAAAUUUAUAUAUAUUUAUAGUUAUUUGAAACUAGAAGAGCGCAAGGCAAUGAAGACAUCAGUUGUUCCUUUCCUUCGUCUGCUUCUUUGUGUAUUCUUUGUGAUCGAUCUUGCAGGAACAACAAUACCAGGUGGUAAAAUGGUUCCGGAAAUAAGCACUCCUCCAUCAGGAUCAUGUGGAGCUGCUAUUGCAAAAGACGAUUCACCACAAACACUAGCUAGAAGACCACCAUGUAGACGUCCUCGAUUGCAAAACUCAGAAGAUGUAACCCACACUACACUCCCUUGAACUAUAAGAGAAAUACUCGAUCUGCAUGACUGCAUGAAUUGUUGUUUAAGAAUUCUUGAAGCAAUACUUGUUGAACCGUGAUUUUAACAAUAUGACAAAACUAAAUAAGUGUGUAAUAUAAUAAUAUAAACAGAAUAAAAAUUACAAUAACUGAUACCAAACUUUUUAAAAAGAACUAUUAUGUGUGGUGGUAAUUGCCCUUAUUGUGACGGUUUUGAUCCAUCAAAAUCCUGAUAUACAUUCAUAUUUUGACUAUUAUACAACUCAAUAAUAUAAAGGCUAACAAACCAGAAAUCUUUUUUUUUCUUUAUAAACCUAAAUCUAUAUUGUCCUCUCAACUUCAAAAGAAAAACAAAGAAGGAGAUUGUGUUUGAUUUGUUGCAAGUGCGUAUGAGAACUGGAGACCUUUUUUCCUUAUCACAAUACUAAAAGGGAGAUAUCUAGACUUCUUAGGGUGUCCACGUAGGCAUGGAAAUUCAAGCCAAUCAUAAGUCAAGAAUGUGCCAUGUCAUCAAAUACAUUCAUAACUUUUACAGAUCGAUUCGCCUCCGGCAAAGAGCAAAAUAAUUUUCUCGAUUCACCUUCUCCCACAAACCGUAAUAUCUCUCACCUUUUCUAAAUGUAAAUGCACAAUCGAAACAGCUCUGGAACUGAAGAGGAUAUUAUGGCCUCCACUGGUUCAUGAUCAUUAUAUAAGCUGUCUAGGAUUGUGAUUCACCUCCUUAUCUCAAGAAAGCUAAGCCGAUUGCUGGUUCUGCCUCUCAGAAGGACAUCCAGUAUCUGAGCACGGAAGGUGUGAUCUCCGCUCCAGUAUGGUGCCAACACAACACGUCACUCCAUAGCUUAUGAUGCCUUCAGGUCAGUCUCUGUCUUCGUAAGUGUUUUUUUUUUCAUUCAGCAGGAUGUGUGACAGGCUUUUCACAGCAACCUCUCAUCCCCUUUCUGAAUUUAUCUUCUUUCUUAACAACCAUUGUUAACAAUUGAGUGACAUGGUUAAGGUAAAGAACAUGCAUGAGCUCGCAUCCACAUCUUUCUCAAUCUCUCGCUCUAUUUCUUCUGUUUAGUUUAUUGCUAAAUUUUUAAGCUUUCUUGAUUGGAUCAAUGGCUGAAAGAGCUUUGCAUCAACAGCUUGGAGACCACAAAGAGGCGUACUUAUAAAAUCUGUGUCUAUACUCCGCACUUGGCUCUUUGAACAUUGCCUCCAUCUUAAGAGACAUCCUUCUUACUUCUCUUUGUUUAAUUAAUAACUAUUUCCAGCUUUUUGCAGAUAUCCAAAGAAAAUCAGACAAAAUCAUGCUUCCGAAGCAGACUUCCUCAGGGUCAUUAAGAUGCUUAACUAGACAAUAGGAGUGGUGCUCGAGUAUAUGAAAGAUACACAGACUCAAAGAAGAGAGGACAUUAUCUUCUUGCUUCUGUGCGAUUGUUAGAAGUGAGUUUUGAGUACUCCUUAUGGAAGAACAUUGAUAGCCUCUGUCACUUUAGCUUUCACUGAACAUUGAUAAUCCAGGUUCGUUCGCUAAGGAUCCUGUCCUUAUUUCUUUUACUCUAUUACAAGGCUUUUACCAUAAUGCCUCCCAGGACAACUUUGUCUGAUUUUUUCUUGACAGCCCUUUUGUGUCCACUUGCUUCUUACAAGUUACAAUAUUUAGCAAUCGUCGAAAGCAGAACUGAACAUUUACUCGAAGUGAUCAACUCGAGAGAUGAUGUGCUUGGGACGUUGAUGAGAAGGUGUACGUAUCUCAGGUAUGUGGAAGCUGGAUUGAUGGAUAGGUUCUAUACGCAGAUGAGAUAUUGAAAUAUGGGUUUGAAUGUGAUUAAGACUUCUUAUGUCCUUUGGAGGUUUUGAAGAAUGUGCAGGAAGCUGUUAGGGAUAUGAUGAUAUUGUCUUCAAUGGUCUACCAUCGACUGAGCCAUUCUAGGUGUUCAAUGAGAUUAGUAAGUACUGAAGAAGAGGGUUACAACUCCUGUUAUCAUUUCUCUGGCCAAGGGUGUGGAAGCAGAGUUUGAACCUCAUAAUCUGAUUGUUACUCAUGUUCGAAUGAUCUAACGAGCAUGUAAAAUCACUUUUCAUGUAUUCUUUGUAUGUUUGCUAGAAUAGAUGAAUGUUUGAUGUCAUCCUCCUUAGUAAUUUCAUGACAGAGAGAUUUUGUUUGUUAUUGUUUUGCUACUGUGUAUUGAUUAUUCACCAGAAAUACCAAAUUGCUUGAUUGAGUUUAGUGUUAGUAAGAAUCAAAAGCAGCUACUGUUACCAACUGCAUCCACGGCUAGCCACCUCUUCCUUCCUAGAAGGGCUGUGAUUAUUCACCAGAAAUACCAAAUUGCUUGAUUGAGUUUAGUGUUAGUAAGAAUCAAAAGCACCUACUGUUACCAACUGCAUCCAUGGCUAGCCACCUCUUCCUUCCAAGAAGCGUCAGCCCCAAUAAAUGGAAUUCUAAGUUUAGCUUCUUCGUAAGUUUCCCUUGAUCAUUCCAAUCUAAGAAGCAGGAAUGCGUAGGUAUAGGGAAAAAAAAAAGCUCCAGAUGCAGAGCUUCACUUUUAUAUAGUCAAAGAAUGAUUCGUGAGAAUAACUCUAACACCGAAAGCUGUUAAAAAACUAUAAACUGGUAAGCUCAUAUACAACUCCUCAAAUUGUCCCUAAGUCUUUUAUUUUUUUAUUGCCUAAAGAAAGUAUUUGUGCAGAUUCUUCUGGUAGCUUUCACACGGGUGAAUGGCAUCAACAAGCAAGGAAACAUCACUGUGCUAGAUAAAUAUGGAGGGGGGAAACCCUUCUUCUGCAGAACAAAAUAAAAGGACGGAACCAUCUUGAUGCGACCUAUCUUUGCCUCAUGUCUGCGUUAUUCACUUCGACGUUGGCUAAGCAGUGGCGGGAAGUUUUGUUUUAUUACUUGGGUUUUAAGUUAUCGUCUGGCUGCUGGAACAUGAUUUAGCGAGACAUUGUCAUCUUUUUAUAUGAAAUCCAUGAAAAGACUAUUAUGAUUUAAUCUGUUAUGGGUAUUGUUAUAGCUUUCAAGAAAAUUUAUGAGA